CUUGGAAAAAGUUACGACAGAUUGUGGGUAGCUGUGAUCCUAGUAGCAUUGUGUACGUUCGACUGCUGAAAUAUAAUAUGUUUUGUGUUAAUUACGGUGUAAGAAAAAGUGUUAACGUGAAGGUAACUAACACCAUGAAACUUAGAAAAAUAAUUGGAUAAUAUUACAGAAGUUGGGCCCCUGAUAGUAUUUUUACUGCUAUUACUGCCAAUAAUCAAUGUAAGCGUCUUGCGUUGAUUCAACUGAAAGCAGAUGAUGCUCGGUGUGAACCGUGCCGAUUGUCAUUUGUCUUUUUCUCGAAGUGGGAAAGUACAAGUUUCUUGAUUUCAGUAUGUUAUUGCCGUGUUCUUAGAAGAAAGUUGAAUGUCAUCAGAAAUUGUUAUAGUGAAAGUGAUUGUUAUUUAGGAUUUUAUAAAUAGUUAAGGAGUUUUGGAAUACUUGUGCAGACACAGUUGCCUAUUGUAGGCCUUUGGAUACCCCGAAUUAUGCAGCGGCCCGAUAUUGUCUAGACUGAUCACUGAGAUUGAUGCAACAUCUGAGGUAUUGCAGUUGGCAUUUUCUUUGGUGGUAGUUUAUAUAAUUCACCAAGAUGUCUGUUAGAAGUGGACGCGUUGUUAAGACUGUUCGUACCCUCACAAGACCAGCGUUAGAAGCCCCUUGUUCAUAUUCUAGCUAUAAUUGCUCUCUGACAAGGUUAGAGGGAUUUGAGUACUGCAGUAGACACAUACUUGAAGAUAAGGGAGCACCAUUUCGUCAAUGUAAUUACAUCUUCACUAGCACAGGCAAAAGAUGUUUUCGUGCUGCUCCUACAAAUGAUAGAAAAGAAAGCAGGUAUUGCCCAGAACAUUCCCGGAAGUCUUUGGUUAUCAAGCAGAGGUCUGCAAGAAAGAUGUGUCCACGUGAAACUCCAGAGAGGUUGCUUACUCAGUUAAGUCACCAUCAGAUGGAUGUGCAUACAGCAGGACAAAAUGCCAUCCCUGAUCCAGCAAGUGUACCAGGAAUGGCAUCUGUUGCCUUAGAGUAUGCUAGUGAUACUGACAGUGACAGUGAGAUGGGCGCCUUACCAAAUGACACACUAGCACGCCGAGAAGCUGAUAGCGAGCUGGACUCUGCUGAUUCUGAUGCUGAUCCCCUGGAGCAUGCUCAAGUAUUCACUACAGAAGAAAUUACUCGCAUUUAUCUGGAAAAAUUGCAGAAGUUAAAGUCUUUGUAUGUGGGGGAAUAUAAGAGGCUUGCUCAUAUUUUACGAGAAGGCAGGAGAAAAUACGUUCAGGCUGUUCGUACAGAAAAGGAGUCAAUGUGUAGCAUUCAUUCGCAGCCAAAACCAACACCUGAAGAAAGAAUGGCUUAUGAACAGCUGAAGGCAAUGGCACGUUACCAGAAGCACAUAGGCACACACUCUCUCUUGUAUAGACAGCAAAUGGAAAGACGACUACAGGUAACUGAAGGUGUCAACUACAAACCUGGCCAUAGUGUAGGUUGUGUCAAGUGUGUGUAUAGUGAGGGAUCUUGGCGCUGCGGAGAGAAAUCUGUUCCCUUGUCCAAAUAUUGCUCAAAACACAUUUUACAUGAUCCUAAUCAAGUACUGUUUGUUGCUUGUGGCGUCAGCAAGGGUGGUGGCGAUGAGUGUAGAACACCUGUGGUUUGUACACCAAACAGCUCAACCUGUGUGUAUCAUACACCAAUACCUGACCCCUUG